AUGAUAUACCUUAAGACGAUGCUUAAAUGCAUCGACAAUUCUGGUGCGCAGAUGGUUGAAUGCAUCAAGGUGUUGAGAAAGAACCCGAAGAACUUUGCUUCCAUUGGAGACAAGAUUGUCUGUGUGGUGCAGAAGGCCAGACCUUCCACUUCCACGAUCACUGGUGCUUCGGCUUCUAACAGAGUCAAAAGGGGAGACAUAGUCCGGGCAGUUAUUGUGAGAACAAAGAAGGAAACUCAGAGACCAGAUGGUUCAGUGAUCAGAUUUGAUGAUAACGCAUGUGUUCUGUUGAACAAGAAUGAUGAACCCAUAGCCACCAGAAUCAGUAGCGUUGUAGCCAAGGAGCUGCGUGACAAGAACUUUAACAAAAUAGUAUCGUUGGCGCCCAAGGUCGUGUAG